CGAGGAUCCGGCGCGAAAAUUGAAACUUUGUUUGUACUUUCAACUUUCUUUUCAUUUCUUGGAAAACAUCAAACCAGUGAAAUGAAUCAAAUCAAAACGAAGAUCACAAACCCCGUGCACCGGCACAUCAUUGUUCAAUCACACAGACCCGACAGACUCGACAAGAACGAAUGAUUAAUGUCCUUUGAUCAUGUCUAUCAUCCGAAACAGGAGGAUACCAAUCCUCGAUAUUGCAAAAUACCACAGCAAUCGAUCGGUCUUCGUGGAAGAACUCAGAGUGGCCUGCCAUACCGUUGGAUUUUUCUUGAUCCGGCACGACUUUGGAGAUCUUGCUCGCACAAUGCUGAACGAAACCAAAGCUUUUUUCGACCGCCCCAUCGAGCAAAAGCUCAGMGUUUCAUACGAGAAUAGUCCUUCCUUUCGGGGCUUCAUGAAAUUCGGAGUUGAAAAUACAAGCGGAAGGGUGGAUUGUCGCGAACAAGUGGAAUACGCAGUCGAAUACAAUACUACAACCACGGCAACUACUACUAGGAACGAAUGCGAUGAUGACAGGAGCAGAAAGCCAUGCUCAAAACCUUUCUAUGAACGGCUCAAGGGAAAAAACCCGUGGCCAACCGACUUUCAACCGACCCUCGAACCCGUCACCAAACGAUAUGCGUCCGAGGUAUGCGCUGUAGCCGACAUCAUCCGAGAUUCCCUGUGUCUAGCAUUGCAGCUCGACCCGAAGGAUGUCAUUCAUGAGAAGUUCCUCCCCCCCUCUAAUGACAGUGAUAGCGACGAAGUCCCUCAUUGGGUUAUCAAACUCGUUUCUUAUCCACCACCGAAACUAUUUUCCAAAAACACACAGGGUAACAUCAACAAUACUGCUUCGGAGCCUUCCCAACAUGACAAGGACGAGCGAGAGCUAGAGCAACAAGGCGUGGGUGCGCACACGGAUACGAAUUUAUUGACGCUGGUCUUACAGAAUAAUUCUUCCGGUGCGGUUGGCAACCACACCGGAGGACUCCAAGCAUAUUCACAGGGAGAGUGGAUCGAUGUAGACCUGCCCGUCCCAUCUUCCGCUGCCGACGAAAAUAGUGACGUCGGCAGUGGCAGCAGCAUCGGCUAUUUGAUUUGCAACCUGGGAGAGCAAGCCGAAACAUGGAGCCGUGGUUACUUUCUGGCGACACCACACCGGGUUGUAACGAGGCCCUCUUCGUCGCCGGUCGAACCGAAACCGCGAACAUCGGUUCCCCUCUUUUACAACCCCGUUCUGUCGGCUACGAUGGGGCCGCUGGACAAACGCCUCCUAAGCAAGGAUACGGUUCGCUGGGAUCGCCCAGAGGAAUACCAAACAAACCAGCACUGGCGACGGCCGAACAAUCACAUGAACCCAUCCGUGGGAGAAAACACCUUCAAGAGCCUGGCUCGAUCUCACCCCGAGGUAUUCGCCAGGCACCAUCCGGACCUCGAAUUGUUGGAAGACGGAAGGAUAAUUCUGCGGCGCGAGUGAUGCGGCUGGUCGUAAAACGAAAGCAAUAGGGCAAUCGAAAACAACAAUAGAAGAGAUAGACAUAA